AUAGAACUUUGUGAAAAAAAAAAUUAAAAUUGCAAUUAAAAGAAAACCACUUCAUAAAUAAACAAAUUUAUUAUUAUUUACCUAAUUAAUUAUAUUUAAUCAAUUAUCUAUCGUUUGCCAUCAUUCAAAUUUAAAUUAAUAGUCAUUUAAUACAAAAUCCGAGCAUCAAAAACUUAAAAGUUGAAUAACUCAAAAUAGGGGUCGGUGCACAUGAUAGAACCCUGUAAUUCUGGGUCGACGAUUGGUCGCCAAAUUGCCAUGUUUUCACAAUUUGGCGACCAAUGUCAGUUUGGACGAUAUUAACUUUUUAUGUGUAGUGUGCUGUAUUGUAAGAACUUUUUGUAACUCAAUUUCAGAAGGACAAACGUGACUCGUAAUUCAUUUGAAUAGAUAUGAACUAACUAAGCUAUGUGCUGAAAACAUACUAUGGAAAAUUAUUUCUAAUGCAACAUUUAAUAAAUUCGAAAAAAAAGCAAACAGACAAAAACUAUCUUCUUUGAAUAACUUAAAAUUGUAUGAAUUAUUACAGUUACGAAACGAUAUGGGGUGCUGUUUAAAAUUAUUUCUUAAUCAUUAUUUACGAGUACCUUUUACCAUAUAUAAUUUAAAGCCCAAACAUAUUGAAGAAAAUAUUUAAAAUGUCUUAUCAGGUCGUGCAUGCACGCGCGGCCGGCGGCGCCGUCGAAUCGUUGGGCUCUUGGCCGAGUCGUUGGCACACGAUUAUUUAAUGCUGACAUUGAACUUGAUUCGUCAGCUGUCUAAAAUAUUUAGAGCUGAAGACCAUUGACCAUUAUUACAACAUUAAAAGGGUUGGUGCAUGCACUAUAAGACAGACACUAUGUUUACGUGAUAGUUUUUUUUCCAUGGGGCAUUAAGAAGGUUUUUAAACAAUGACAAAUUGUAAAAAAACAUCAUACCUUGCAUACAAAUUGCAGGAUGCAUUAAUAUAUUUAUAAAAAGUAUAAAAGCCAAAAAUUGAGCUUUAAGUGAAAUCAUUUAGUAAACAAAGUUGAUGUGAUUGGACAUGUCUUUAAAGUUUGCAAUACUUAGCACUUUAUUUGCAGUUUCUUUAGCUGAACUGGCAGCUGAUUUUCCUUAUGGACCAUCAGGAUGGAAGCCAGAAGGGGCAUCUUUUGACUUACCUAAUGAAGACUUUUUUACACAGCCCCAGAUAGCCCCACGUAUUGAACUCGAGAUCACGAAAGAACGUGUUGAUCAUGCUGGACAACUAAUUCAAAAUGCUCCUCAAAUUUCUACAAAUAAUGCUUAUCUUCCUUCAGAUGAAGCUGAUCAGGUUUUAAUUAAAGACAUUAUUCGAGUUCAAGGACUUCCGAGAAGACCUUCUGUGCAGUUCAAUGGAUCUCCCCAUCUAAAUAUUAGAGAGUACUAUCGCCAACGUCAAGGCUCCAGGUUUCGACAGCCACAACAAUUCUUGUCGCCCAUUAAAUUUCCUUCAGUGCAAAACAAAAUUGUUGAGCAACCGUCAGCUCAAUAUAAAAUUUCAAAAAACCAAUUAGUUGGCGUUUAUACGAAUCAAGCACCACAAGAAGAACUUAAUAAAGAAGAGGAUAUUGCUGAAGGUUUCGUAAAUAAAGGUGAAUAUUUCGUUUUGACACCAGAGAGGACUUUGCAAAAGGUCAGUUAUAAAACCUCACAAACUGAAGAAGAAGCGCGGACGAAUGCGUUUACCGCCGAGUUGAAGUACACACCUGUUGAAAAAGUUGAAGGGCCAUUGUAUAAAUAUAAUGAGCAGGGACAACUGGUGCGAAUAUAUAAGAAAUAAAUAUAAUGGGUUAAGUUAAAAUAGUAUUUAUUUGAAAAUAGUCAAUUUAUGCAUACAAUUUUAAUAAUCAAUUAAUGUUUUGAACUAUUAAUCAAUUUUAAUUAAAAAAUUUUUGUAGACAAUUGAAUCAUUUAUUU